UUUAGGUAAAUGUGAGAAAACUAGUUAUAGGUGCUCCUUUUACAUUUGGCACCCCAUACUCAGCUGUGCAGCCUGUACAAACUCUCCCAACGCUAAUGGGACCAGGACGGACCCGACCCAAAUAUGGUGUCGGUUAGUAUCGGUGACGAGGACCCAGCCCACUGCACUUUUCUCUUUGUAUAGACUUGACCCACGCUGCCUCUCAGCACAGACGGGUCAGUGCUUCACAGUGUUUGGGUUCGUCUGGGUUGGACCCAAUGUUUACUGGACAAAUGCAUUUAAUACAUUCCAUAUAUAAGAACCUGGUUCCUGUUCGGUUCCAACAUAAAUGCCUUCAUUCCACUGUGUCUGCAACUAAAACUGUGAUUCUUCCACUCCAAAUACUGGACUGUGCUCAGGUUCAGUGUAUGAUCAUUUCAUGUGUCAGACAUCUGUCCAAUGUGGAAUAAAAUGGAUUCACAGACGUUAUUUCUUUGAUUGAUGCUAAUAAGGACAGAUGCUGGUAAACCUUAACUGAGUGACGCUGGUUAGCGUGCUAACGUCGACCUGCUGCAGGUCAGACAGAGAAAGAACCAGUUCACCCGCAGGAGAACGCAGCAGCAGGUUCUCCGUCCCAGAACUGUGCAGCAGCUGCAUCACCUCUGAAACAAACAGAAUCAAAUUUUUCUUAAUAACAAGCUGAGAAUGUAAAUAUGCCACUUUACUGUUCACUCCUUCAGUUCUGCAUUUUUGGAGGAUGUGACCUCAGAGCUGAGGUUAACCACAGAACCAAAAGCAGAACCUGCUCUUAGUAAAAGAGCUUCAGUGUGGUUCCUUGUUCUCUAGUGACAGACGCCCCAGUUCAGCCUCUGUCAUCAUUCAGAACCUCCUGGGUCGGAGCUGACGCUGGAGCCCCAGACUCCGUAGGAGGUGUCGUUUGUGGUCGGAGGCUGACGACAGCAGACGUGUUCAGGAAAACACGGGUUCUGCAGCUUCCGCAGCUCAGAGCGACUCACACCGAGCACAACGUGUCCACGGAGGAAGGCUCAGCGAGCCCUCAGGCAUCCACCACGUGGCCCGAGGACCCGACCCAGAGGGUUCGACCCGGAGUUGCAGCCCAUCAUGCCGCCAUCAUCCAACUUCAGCUCCGGGGCCGGUGAGCAGGAGGAGCGGUGCAUCGUCAACGACCAGAUGGGCCCGUUCUCUGUCCUCUACAUCCUCCUCUUCAUAGCGAGCUUCCCUGGAAACCUGCUGUCUGUGUGGGCCUUCGUCUGCAGCGCCAGAACCCAGGUAGCUCUGCUGCGGGUCAGGGGUCUGGUGGGCAGGGGUCACGGCCCUGACGCGUGUGCUGUUGUGUCCCAGCAGCAGCGGAGCUCCAGCGUCUACCUGCUCAACCUGCUGGUGGCCGACCUCCUGCUGCUCCUCGCGCUGCCCUUUAAGGUCCUGAAGGACCUGGGCGUGGCGCCGUGGAGCCUGAUGGUAUUCCACUGCCAGGCCAGCGCCGUGAGCCUCUACAUCAGCCUGUACGCCUCCAUCGCCUUCCUGGCCCUCAUCAUCACCGACCGCUACCUGCAGGACUGCCACCACCUGCACUCCCUGCGCCUGCAGGAGGUCGGCUUCGCUCGCCUUCUGUCUCUGGUCGUGUGGCUGCUGCUGCUGCUCAUCAUGGUUCCCAACAUGGUUCUGCCCAUUCGCCACAUCCAGGUGCAGCGCUACCUCAGCUGCUCGUCUCUGAAGACGGACCUCGGCCUCCACUGGCACUCCCUCACCGUCUUCCUCUGCACGGCUCUGUUCGCCAACGCCUCGGCCGCCGUCCUGCUCUCCAGCGGGCUGGCUUUCAGACGGCUUCUGGGCGGCCGCGGGGACCCCGGGCUCCAGCGGAGCGCCCGGCGCGCGGCGGCCAGCCUGACGGCGGUGGCGGCGGCCUACGUCCUGAGCUUCGUUCCCUAUCACGUGGUGCGGGCGCCGUACACGCUGGCGCAGACCAAGGUCAUCACAGACUGUGACACACGGAGGCAGCUGUUUCUGGGGAAGGAGUCCACGCUGCUGCUCAGCGCGCUGCACCUGUGCUUCGACCCGCUCAUCUUCUUCUACCUCUACCCGCCGUUCAGAGCCGUGAUCAGGAGCCUGGUCCCCUGCGUCAGGCAGCACGCAGGCAGCGACACAGAACCAGACGAACAGGCAGCGGAAGAAAUGGUGCAACAAACAAGUGCAGAGCUGGAGGCCACGGCCUAACCACAGACGGAGACGGCACCGCAGACAAAGACUGUUGCAUAAGAAGUCAUAAACUUAAACCACUAGAAAAAUGCUCCUUGUUUUAGUAGUGAAACCUGAAAGGUUUCAGGUGAGCGGCCUGAAGAGAAUGGAUGCAGCAGCCACCAGUCAGAGCGGGUUCUCCAGGACUCACGAACCCGCCCCAGGAUGGAGUCCAGCCUGCAGCUUCGCAUUCAGCCCGCAGAGGGAGCCGUGUCACAGCACACGCUGCCGUGUGACUCAGAGGGGGGUAGAAAUGGUUGUAAAAGGCUUGAGCGCGUCUAAAGCCACAGAGCACAGCCUUUGUUUGAACGGAUCUUCUGAGCCCAGACACGUUAGACACCGUCAACCAGCUGAUGAGCCUCUCUGUUCUGGUUCCUGCCUGGUUUUCGCUCAGUAGGAAACAUCUUGAUGCUGUGUUUGUGUGAGAGAGCCUGUGUGUCCAGAGCUAAAAUUAGACCCUGAAGACGCUGAUAUUAGCUCACUUCCCAGAUAUGGAGCUAAACAAACAGUGGAGGCUGCGCAGUGACUCAGCUGAAGCAGAGAUGCCGUCAUCACCACCAUCCUGGGCCCAAAGCUUCCAGACUCAACGUUAUGCUCCCCUCACAUGUGUUGAUUCAGACGCUUGAGAACUGGGUCAUGCUGUGAUAAUACAAUGACACUUGACUGAUCUCCAAGGGUUCGGCCUCGGUGUCUUGUCCACGGACACACUGACACAAAGUCCGGCUGAGCUCCGACCUGAUGUGAAAGGUCCAAAGAGCUCAGGGUUUGGGAAGAGGAUGGAAGCUCAGAAGCCACAGCUACACGCUGCUGAUGUCGCGUUCUUUCACAAUAAACUAAUGUGUUGUUCUCA